AUGACAGAGGGAACCCAUGAGAGUGUCGUAAGUGAUGAAACACCAAUAACAAGUGACUUAAGUUUAGGGACCAAACCAUACCGUAGACUCCCGAAGGAGACCACCAACAAUAAUGAGCCGAAAACGACAGAAACAGAAGAAGAAGAAGAAGAAUUUGUGCCGCAGAUCCGAUGGCCGGAUACAAUAGUUCAACUUUAUUUACAUUUAGGAUGUUUAUAUGGACUGUAUUUGUGUAUAGUGUCAGCUAAAUUUUAUACAACAUUAUUCGCACUCUUAACCGUAUACACCUCAGGUUUUGGCAUCACCGCUGGGGCCCACAGAUUAUGGUCGCAUAGAUCGUACAAAGCCAAAUGGCCGCUUAGAUUACUUUUAGUUUUAUUAUUUACUAUUACAGGCCAGAGGCACGUGUACGCCUGGGCAUUAGAUCAUAGGGUCCAUCAUAAAUACAGCGAGACCGAUGCAGAUCCCCAUAACGCCAAAAAAGGUUUCUUCUUCGCGCAUGUGGGCUGGUUGGUAGUGACGCCGCAUCCUAAGGUAGUGGAGAAGAGAAAUGCGGUAGAUAUGAGUGAUUUAGAAACAGAUGCCAUUGUAAUGUGGCAAAAAAAAUACUAUCCACCGCUGUUCUUAUUAUUCAAUAUUAUAUUACCCGUGAGCAUUCCUGUCUAUUUUUGGAACGAAACCAUUUGGAACUCAUUUUGGAUCAACUUUAAUACUAGAUUUACUUUGACAUUAAACAUUGCCUUUUUCGUGAAUAGUGCUGCGCAUAUGUGGGGCCAGAAACCGUAUGAUAAGUAUAUUAGUUCGGUAGAAAACCUAGCAGUGUCCUUAGCGGCUUUGGGCGAGGGAUGGCACAAUUACCACCACGUGUUUCCAUGGGACUACAAGACCGGUGAGCUAGGCAACGUGUACAACCCAUCCACAAGCUUUAUUAACUUUUUCGCUCGGCUGGGAUGGGCGUACGAUUUAAAAAGCGUCUCCAAUGACAUGAUCUUGAGAAGGGCUCAGAAGACAGGCGACGGAACUCAUCCCGAUGUAUGGGGCUACGGCGACGAAGACAUAGACAAAGCUGAUAUGGACGAGUUGAUACACAUGGCGGAGGAGAAUAAGUUUUUUAAAAGGGAAGAGUAA